AUGGAGGUGGCCAUUGAGGCAGAGAAGUUAGAGUUGCAAUCAGUUAUGCAGCGUUACGCGCUGUUGUGCCACACAGCACAGACGCUGCCGCAUGGCAAGUGCAUCACCAACCGUGAACGGCUCUCGCUCUACUGUGAGUUGCAGCGAUUGCGUGAGGCGUUCUACGGUCUGCCACGGCGUGCGCAGCCGGUGGCAGACAGGCAGAAGCUGCUGCGCCACCUCGAUGAGAUGGAGGCGGCGCAAUGCACUGCACUUAACUUCCGAGAUGAGGCCUUGACGCUGUGGCAGUCGCUCACCUGCCAGUUGUGCUUCACACUCUAUGUGCUGUGCUUUUGCGUCGUGGACCCGGUGAUGCGACGGCUGCGCUUUGGUAGCGUGGAGCGGCUGCGGCGCCACGGACUGCACGCCGUCUCAGUGUGGAUCAUGCAUUGUCUACAGAUUCCCACAUCCAUGACCUUCGAGAAGGCACUGCCCACACGCAGCGGCGGCAGUACCGGUGAUAACGAUGACGAUGAUCCGUUCUACGUGGUGUUCAGCCCGCAACAUUGGAUUGAGGUGGUGGGCUUCUGGUCGUGCCCGACAAAUCCGCUGCUGCACGACCCGCGCGUCCAGCUACUCCUCGCCCCUGACGGUUGCAGGGCCCUGCCGUUCGAAGUGCUCUGGCAGGGUGUGCAGCAGGAAAUGCGCGGCAGUUCUGCGGUUGUCGAAACAAGUAACGACAGCAGCAAGGCACCCACACACGACACAGGGGUGGCAGAGGUGAAGCCGAUUGUGCAGUCAACGUUUGGCUACCCUCUUGCCCUGCGCGUGGCUGACGGAGGGGAGGAGGUGGCUGCUGCUCCUCCCCGGCUGCUUCCUGUCGUCUCUGCCGGCCUGCCCCGUGUGCUCUUCGUGAGUGACGCGGUGGCGCGCUCAGACGUGCAGAUGCGGCGUACACAGCAGGAGGCGUACGAGCAAGUGCGGCAGCGGCAAUACAACUCCCGCCCCGGUGCAGCAACAGGAGGACGGCGUUUCGGUAGAAGUGAUGAAAAUAAUGCUGCUGCUGCUGCUGCUGCUACCACCGCCGCUGGGUCUGUGACGGAGUGCGGUAUGAUAUGUGAACCGCAGCUGCGUGCAUGGCGGAAGCACGGUGGUGUGCCGCUGUGGCACCGCGUAACUUGGGGCGCAACGUACGGUGGUGUGGGGCGUGAAGGUAACCGCGACCGGCGUGAAUUGGCAUUCCGCGUGGGUCGCCUCUGCCACGCGAGAGAGUUGAUAGCUGAGGAGAUAAAGCUGCAGCAGCAGCAGCUUAUGCUGACGAUGGCGGAAGGUGAGGAAGCGGGACUGUUGUCUCUGGGGUGA